UCCACAACACAACUGCAGCGUAUGAUCAAACAAUCCCUUCGGCUUUGACUUCAGGUAUUCCACGCUAUCUCUAGAUGCCGGAAACCCCGCUUUCCCCAACCGUCGCACUUCCAGCAAGCCCGGCAUAUCAUGCAACCGGUCCAAUGCUCGGAGGUUGCGUAGCAGACCCACCAAGGGCUGCAGUCGUAUGUGAGGGAGAUAGUUUCAUGCCAGUGACUCCAGACAGGGUAUACGAACAGCAAUACCAACGCGUAUACAGCAUGUAAGUUUAAGGAA